ACUCGGACUACUCAAACUGCACAGAGCGCAUCUCCAACACCUCAGCGACAGACGUCACGAGCCUCAUCUACCUCGCUGGCUACUCGCUCAGCCUCGCUGUGCUGUCGCUGGCUGUCUUCGUCUUCCUAUACUUCAAAGAUCUAAGAUGUCUACGAAAUACAAUACACACAAAUCUCAUGUCGACGUACAUUCUAUCAGCAUGCAGUUGGAUACUGAAUUUAUCUCUACAGAAUUGGUCGGACGAGGCGUCGCAAGAUCAAACGUCGUGUAUGAUCCUAGUGAUUUGUAUGCACUACUUUUAUCUGACCAACUUCUUUUGGAUGCUCGUCGAGGGUCUAUAUCUGUAUAUGCUAGUCGUGGAAACGUUUACUGCGGAAAAUAUAAAGUUAAAAGUCUACACCACUAUUGGAUGGGGCGCGCCGGCGGUGUUCCUAACGAUAUGGGUGAUAUCGCGGUGCCUCGUCACCGUGGUGCCUUCCACCGGCUCCGACGGGCUGGCAAUGCCAGGCGAGGCGAAGGUCUGCCUCUGGAUGCACGAGCACCAGGUAGACUGGAUACACAAGGCGCCCUCGCUCAUAGGGCUCGCGCUCAACCUCUUCUUUCUAGUCAGGAUCAUGUGGGUUCUCAUAACGAAACUGCGGUCAGCAAACACUCUAGAAACAGAGCAGUACAGGAAAGCGACCAAGGCUUUGCUGGUUCUGAUACCUCUGCUGGGGAUCACCAACUUGCUGGUGCUGUGCGGUCCCAGUGACGACUCGUGGUUCGCUUCGGCCUUCGAGUACACGAGGGCACUAAUGCUUUCCACACAGGGUUUCACCGUAGCAUUGUUUUAUUGCUUCAUGAACACAGAAGUACGGCACGCUAUUAGGUAUCACGUAGAACGGUGGAAGACCGGACGGGCGAUAGCUGGAGGCAGGCGGAGAGGCGCCUCUUACUCCAAGGACUGGUCUCCGAGAUCCAGGACCGAGAGCAUACGGUUAUACAGCCACCCGUCGAAGCGAGAGUCGGCCGCUUCUGAAACCACAACCACCACACUACUGGUGCCGCGGCACUCGCUGGCUCCCCACCAUUUACAUGUCGAGUACAUGGGCAGCGGCAGCGCGAGCGGCGACCAGUCCCCGGUGUGAGGGGAGAGGCGAGGGGGGCCCCCGCGACUACGCACUCUGCCCGAGGAAGACGCACCUGCCUCGCCCGCCUCUCUCGCUCUCUUCAACUGCCCUUUCGACGUGCCUACUAUCUCUGUUCAGUGAUUAUUCGCUUCGUGCAUGACUGUGGCACGCUAGUGUGGAACAUAUUGUUUAUAUGACGGUU